AUGGCGGCCAAUUUAACUGUGUUGUAUUCCGUGCUCCUGAACUGUUCUUCAUUGACUGCGUUCUUCCCUCCGGAUUUUCGACCCAAUGCGUUGGAGGUUCGGCAUUACGAAAAAGAAGAACUAAGGGUUCGAGAGCACAGCUAUACGUUGAGUUCGAAUGGCUCGGCUGUGGAGUAGGUUUUGUUCGCCGUAAAGACGAAUGUGUGCGUUGUGCGUUGCCGCGCGGCGCAGCGACAUCGCGCUCACUAUUUUCCCGGACUUUUGAAGAUUUUUUCUCUCUUUUUAGAAAUCAACUGUACGAGAUCAACGGUGGCCAGUUCACUGGCAAUGUCACAUCGAAUAUCUGGACGUAUCCGAACGGAUCAAUUUUUGUGACAUGCUUCGGAUGGACUAAAUAUCCCCAUAUUGAGUUGAUGUCGCUUUUGCAGGCACAUGACAACCUUCUUACGCCAUUAUGUAAGCACUGUGACCUUUCGUCCAUUCUCUCGUUCUAGGUUCCUCUGGGCCAGCCUUCGAAGAAGCAUAUUAUUUUGGCUCUUAUAUGUGGCUAUACCGCACCAGCCGCGCGAAUCCUGGAGUCGAGGUAGCGCGCACAUGUGAGGAUAAAGAGGAUAAUGUCGUCCUACCGAACGGAUACAAAGACCUUACCUUCCGCUCGGACAUUAACUACGUCUUUUUUGAAGAUAAUGGCAAAUGCAGACAAGCCAAGAACACGGCGGAAUCAGUCGUCAAAAAUGAGACGACCGAUGUUACUCUGAAAUUUGAGGAUUGCAGUGUGCUUCCAUUUGAGGUUUAUGAGAGAGAAGGCAAGCAGGAAACCGUCUACUUUUCGUUGGUAAGGCACUUAUUGCUGCGAGGCCUCAUUUUCGCGUCCCGACUAUUCGGGCCGACGACAGUUCGGGUCAACAAAAAAUCGAUACGGCGUACGGCAGGUGAAUACACCAAAAAAGGUUGUCGGAAGUGCCUACGAGGAAUAAAAAAAACCGUUGGAUGGUCGACGGGCUCUCGGCCAAGGCUCGGUGGAGACUUGUUUGGAGGUUUUUUACAUGCCCUCACAUCAAUACUAUCUACAGGGUCUUUCAAGAAACGUGAAGGAAAGUCGGAGGCUAUAAACUCCGGUGGGGGUGGCGCAGAGACUUCGUCUUUGGAAUAUGUAUUUUUAAGCGACAUUAAUUUUUGUCUAUGAAAUAACAAUGUUUUAAAGUGCAAACUGAGGUUGCUACGACCUUCUGAAGUGGGGGCAUUUCUACCCCGAAAACCAAUGUUUUUCGAUUGAAAAUGAUUGAGAAACUUCGAAUUUUUUCGGUCGAAAAUCACCAAGAAAUGGCGGAUUUUUUCCGGGGUUUCGAUAGAGUUGACGUUGAAAAAAGGGAAUGAUCUUGUCAACACGUCAAAAAUUAAAGAAAAAUUCGGCUACCAAUAAAAUAGUGGGCAGAUUGCAAGUCUUCGCCAAGUCUCCGGCGAGCCAUCGCCAAGCGUCCGCCGACCAUCCGGUUUUGCCAGGCCUCAUAGGCACUUCCUACAACCUUUUUUGACGUAUUCACCUACCCUGCGCCCCGUAUCGAUCGAUUUUGUGCUGUUCCGAACUGUCGUCAACUCGAAAAGUCGGGAUGCAUUUCCUUCUCUGAUCGUUCUCCGAAGUUUGUGCUCUAUCUCUCCGAAUGCCUCGACGUUCUUUCCAAAUCUGAGCCUAUUUCUUGUCAUUGAGGACUUCUCAGCUACAAACAGUUUUUUCCAGAAACACCUCCUUCGUACUUCUCAAUGUUCAUUGGACAAUCAAGAACUUGACCCAGACAAUAUUCACAUCAAAUUUGUCCACAAUGGAGCUCCCUAUACAACGACCACAACUACAGUUACGAGUGCAACAUCUCCAUCAAAACCGCAAACAACAGCCGCAUCUACAGUGGCGGUCAAAAAAAACGGCCACCCCAAGAUGAUGCGCUCUAACGCAGAAGAGAGUGGUCGUGAAAAGAUAAAUAUGGUAUCAUUGUAA